GUUGUGCUUCAACCUGUUACCAUAGACGUACGCGACGCUGCAGCAGGUGGAAUGGUCGGCAGAAGUUGUGUGUGAAAUUCUCCAACUGUGAAAGUUCUCAGAAAUGCCACCGAAGAAGAAAGGAAAGGGGAAAGGAAAGAAGGGGAAGAAGAAGAAGAAGAACGAUGCUGAACUUACAAUCGAGGACAAGUAUAAGAAGACUAUGAAUGAAAUUGAAGCUCUUAAGGACCAUUUAGCGAUUAGGAAGCAGUUAGCGCGACGGUCCGACGCCCACAGUGAGGAAUGGAAGCUGAGGAUGAAGAUUGCUCAGGAGGAUCUGGACCAGCAGAAGGAAGACCAGAGAGAUGUCACGUCAGACAUGACGCGCCAGUAUAAGACCAUGCAGACAGAGAUGGGCGUACGAGUGCAUCACUUGGAGGCUGACUUAGCAAAGACCAAAGCACAGCUAGCCAAGACCGAACAAGAACUGAAAUCCACCAAGGAGCAGAAGGAACAAAUGACCCAGCAGAAAGAUGAAACGAUAGGGGAGCUGGAGGAAAAGAUAAGAAACAUGGAGUUGUCAUAUGAGAACAUGCUGCACGAAGCCCUAGAUAACCUGGUUCUGAAGCUGGACACAGCCAAGAAACGAUGGGAGGCAGAGGCUACUCAUAUCCACGCUGUAGAGAAAGAGAAACUACUAGCAUUCGGUCUCAACCCGCUGGAUAUAUAGGCUAUUCCAAUGAUCGACAUGUCUGUAGUGGUGCAGAACUCAUGCGCAUGCCACGCACACGUUCUUAAAUUGUGGUGUGCAUGUACUUUGACAACUUACAGGCAUAGGGGCCUAUAGGAUCAUUUGCUUUUCAUGCAUUUUUUUUGUUCCAGUAACCCCACUCCAAAUCCAAAGAUGAAAGUUCAAAAACUAAUCUGUUGAAGUUUCAACUCAGUGGAUGCUACACUUUUCGAGAAAACAGUGAAAAACCAUGCACAACCUUUUGAUCACGAAACAGGAAUUUGUUAAUCCUAACUUCCUGGCAUGAUUUAUUAGGAACCAUAUCCUGGCAAGUUCCAACAGCAUAUG